AUGCCAUUGGGGCUGCCUCAAUUACGCUCGGGUUUCCAGUCCCGUGGGCUAAUGGUCCGUUGCUGUCCGAUCUCAACACCUUGGUGUUCCCAGCUCGGUUCAGAAACAAUCAAUGCGAAACCAGAAGCUAGAGCUCGGGUGAUAUCCCGAGACCCAUGGGAGUUAGAGUGCCUUAGAAGCUUCUCGACAAGCCAUGACGCAACAAACAAGCCAAGGAAACCAUUGGAGUCUGCGAGACACCAAAGUCCGCCGCUGAAGGGAUUAACCUGCAUGGUAACGGGUGGCUCAUCUGGAAUUGGGUAUGCCAUUGCACGUCGAUUUCUACGCGAAGGGGCUGAGAAGGUGAUUCUUGUCGGAAGGAGUAGGAGAAGAUUGGAGGAGGCUGUUAGAAGGUUAGAAGAAGAAGAAGACAGAGGAGAUUACGUUGAACCGGGUCGGCCAAUGGGUGAAAACAACGACGAUCUUCCACAAGGUAAUGGCGUGGACGUUCACAAUCCGGCGCAGCGGGCCACCCCGCCUAUGCAAAGUAUAGAAUUUGAUAAUCUGGUACAUGACCAGCCCCAUGACACAGUCACUGUGAAGGACUGUGAAAUAUCUGAGUUUGGACCGCGAUUUACACUGGCCGUCGGGGACGUCGGCAACCCGUCAUUCUGGGGGGAAGAGAUUAAAAAAUUAAUGGACAACGUUGACGUUCUCGUCAAUGCCGCGGGCAUUUCCUACUCCUCCCUCCUCCCCUUGACUAAAGAGGAGCAUAUCACAGCCAUGCUCCGCACGAAUCUGCAAGGCACGAUAGUCGCCUGUCGCACCAUGUCGCGGCGCGUAAUGCGAGCAAAUUCCCUCCAAAAGCUCAUGGAUGAUAAUAAUACCAUCACCAACAGCAGAUUUACGAAGUGCAUCAUUAACAUAUCAUCGCUGCAUGCGAUGAAAGGGGGUGUUGGGGCAGCGACUUAUGCAUCUACAAAAGCGGGUGUAGUGGCCCUGACACGCGCGAUUGCGGCGGAAAGUGGAGAGAUGAAGGUAGAAGCGAGGUUGAGGGCUAAUGUCAUUGUGCCAGGGUAUAUUGAGACGAGGAUGGUUGCGGAAGACCUAAACCCGCAAGUGCGAGAGAAGGCGCUGCGAGCUAUCCCGCUCCGUCGUUUUGGGACGGUGGAAGAGGUGGCGGAUGCAGCCGUAUUUCUUGCGGCCAACCAAUAUGCUAAUAACUGCGUGUUGAAUCUCGAUGGGGGGUUGAGCGCUGUGUAA